AUGGAGAAAGCAGAAGUGAUCCCAGAGGUAGUCUUAAGCUCUGGACAUAGAAUGCCAUUGAUAGGUAUUGGAACAGCAUGCAGCCCUAUCCCCCCAAAUCUAACCUCUACUAUUGUCAAUGCCAUUGAGCUCGGUUACCGUCAUAUCGACACCGCCGCUCUCUAUGGGACUGAAAAGUUCGUCGGCGAAGCGGUAGCCCAAGCACUAGAGCAAGGCCUAAUAAAAAGCCGUAGCGAUGUUUUCGUUACUUCAAAGCUAUGGUGUGAAGAUGCAGACCCUGAUCUUGUCCUCCCAGCACUCAAGAAAACGCUCCAAACACUUAAGCUAGAUUAUGUGGAUCUGUACCUGGUACACUGGCCUGUAAGGGUGAAAGAAGGAAGUGGCCCCAAUUUUACCAAGGAUGACAUUCUUCCAUUUGAUAUAAAAGGGACAUGGGCAUCUAUGGAAGAGUGCUGCAGACUUGGUUUAGCAAAGUCCAUUGGUGUCAGCAACUUCUCUAGCAAGAAGCUCUCCCAAUUGCUUACUCAUGCCACCAUCCCUCCCGCUGUGAAUCAGGUGGAACUGAAUGCCCCAUGGCAGCAGAAGAAGCUGAGGGAUUUUUGUAAUGAAAAAGGGAUCCAUGUCAGCGCUUGGUCGCCUCUGGGAGCAAAUGGAGCUCCAUGGGGUUCAACUAUGGUCAUGGAAAGUCCUAUUCUCAAAGACAUUGCCAUGGCCAAGGGGAAAUCCAUAGCACAGAUCUCAUUGAGAUGGAUAUAUGAGCAAGGAGUAAGUCCAAUUGUGAAGAGCUUCAACAAGGAAAGGAUGAAAGAAAAUCUCCAAAUCUUAGAUUGGGAACUUACCCAAGAGGAGUUGGAUAAAAUAAGCCAGAUUCCACAAAAAAAGGGACUUACAGCAGAAAUGUAUAUUUCACCAAAUGGUCCUUACAAGUCAUUGGAGGAACUUUGGGAUGAUGUGGUCGUCUAA